UUCCAUCGCUGUAUAAUUAUUUUUGAAUGAUAGUGUCUCUGUCAUUGCCACUCCUCUUCGCACCCCGAUCGCCCACAUACUACAUAUUUUUUUUCCUUUUAAUUUGAGUAAAGUACUUUAGUUGUUUCGUCUCGUUCUUCUGGCAUGUCCUUGUCAAGUCGCAUUUUACGACCGUUUAUUGCUGGUAAAUUCAUAGACACCCGAGCUGGUCUUUACCAGCUGCUGGACCCUCGAACAGCCGAGGCUUCUGAGUCUUUAAUGGAGGCUACACCUGAGCAUGUGGAUUUGGCAGUUCGAAAUGCACAUCGGUCUGAGCAAUGGCAAAGUUCGCCAAAGACUCGACGUGAUGCUCUGCAUCGGUAUGCUGCCAUGUUGGAGAAUCAUACAGAGGCGUUGGUGCAGGCUGAGCAAAUUCAGACGGGCAAGCCGUUUGCAGACGCUUUGAGUGACGUACAGGAAGCCAUCGAGUGCUUUCGCUAUUUCGCCGGAUACGCCCAGACGCUGACUGGAUCGGCCAUCGACACCGAAGACAAACUUAUGGCUGCCACGCUUCGUGAGCCGAAAGGCGUGGUAGGCAUCAUCACCAGCUUCAAUUACCCUGUCUCUCUCUCGGCUUGGAAGCUUGCCCCGGCUCUGGCAGUUGGCAACUCUGUGAUCGUCAAACCUGCUCGACAAACUCCUCUAACCGCCCUCAUCAUGGCUGACCUUGGGCGCGACAUCUUCCCAGAGGGUGUUAUGAGCGUGGUGCCGGGAGGCCCCGAGGUCGGUCAAAGCCUAACAUCUCAUCAAGGUGUAGCGCAUGUCUCGUUUACGGGAAGCACGCAUGUUGGGCAAAAGGUCAUGCAGGAUGCAGCGGCGAGUAACCUCAAGAGCGUCACCUUAGAGUGUGGAGGCAAAAAUGCUGUAGUGGUGUUGAAAGACGCUGAUAUUGAUUUGGUCGCCAAAAGCGUAGUAGGGGGAGCUUUCUCCAAUGCUGGACAAAACUGCUGCGCUAGUUCUCGUCUGAUGAUUCACCACGACAUUCAUGAUCGUGUGGUCGAUCAAAUUCUCGACCGAACAAGUAGGCUUCAGCGAGAUGUUGAUUUGGGCCCUCUUAUCGACAAGGCUCAGUACGAUCGAGUGUUGGGCUACAUUGACCGUGCUACCGAAUCUCUCGUCCUUGGAGGCAGACCAUGGAGCUCCAAAGGCUAUUACGUCUCUCCAACCAUAUAUACCCAUGUCAGUGACCAGUCGGCACUUGCCACAGACGAGAUAUUUGGACCGGUACUGGCUGUUUUAGAACCAUUUGAUGAUCCAGCACACGCUGUUCAAAGAGUGAAUAGCUCUCCUUAUGGAUUAGCCAGUGGCAUUUUUUCACGCGACACAGCUCUAGCACAGCGAAUUGCUCGAAGUAUUCAGACUGGUAUUGUAUGGAUCAACACCUACAACUAUCUACCCAUGAGCGUUCCAUUUGGUGGCGCAAAAAUGUCUGGCAUAGGCAAAGAUCUCGGCCGUGAAGCCAUGGAUGAGUUUACAUUCAUCAAAAGCAUUUUAACUCCCUUUUAAAUACAUGUAUAUUUUUUUUUUUACCCUGUAACCUACAUCAUUAGACAGUGGCAGUCGUAAAUGAAAUCAAAUAAUGCAAAGAAAAGGGAGGACCUUUUGAGUUUCACGGCUUGGAAACG